UUCCAGGUGUUAGCCAUUGCUGCAUCCUCUUCAUGCUUCUAUUGCUUUUCAUUGUUUUGUCUCGAACUGCUCUUUCAUUGUUUUCGGUUUUGCUGUCCGUGGCUCUGUGUCGCUAUCUUCUUUCUCGGUCUCACUCGCUCUCAGACUGGAUAGUUUUUCGACUUGGAAGGAAAUCGGUUUCGAGGUUUGCCAGAUUUGUGGAGUUGUGAUUGGGGGUUGAAGAUUUUGGUGUUUUUGCGUUUGUUUUCAUCUGCGAUUGACGAAUUUUGGCCGGAUCUGUUCCCUGUUUUUUUUCUCUGUUUGAACGACGGCUGCCUUUCGGUUGUUAAGCGACGACUGUCUUUAGAUCGUUGGAGAAUAAAUUUAUUACAACUGAGGUCCUGCUGACACCAACUCAUCUAGCCAUUGUGAUGGAGUAACUGGGGGAGAACUCUUCGAGAGAAUAAUCAGUGCUGGCAGAUUUAGUGAGGAUGAGGCAAGGAGGAAAUAAUUUGUUUCAACAGUAUACAACUUAGUGUCAAUAGUAUACGGCUCAGUUUUUGAAUAACACUCAGGAAUACUCAACCGCGGUUCCAGUUCAUCGUUAUGAAUCGGCGCAAUACGGAAUUGGUGGACACCUACAAAAUUAGUUGAAGUUCAGUCUUAUUUAGGUGAAGUUUGCAAUCCAAUACAUGAGAAGAGUUAUCCAGAAAAAGGCAAAAUAUGACAUAUUAACGUGAACACCAUUAAGAUGUGUGCUUUUCAAGCUUUGUUAUAUUCAAAUUUUAAUGCACUUGAUACUUACUUCAGAAUCAUUGGCAUUGAUCAAAUAAGGCAGGCGAGAGAAAAGAAAUUGACAAAGCAGAAAGCUUUAGUGAAAGCUAGAAAGCUUCAGUGAAAGCUAGAAAGCUUCAGGCUAGCAACAGAAAAGGAAUUGACAAAGCAGAAAGCUUUAGAGAAAGCUAUUAGAGAAAGCUAGAAAGCUUCAGAUAAUAAUCGUGAAUAUAUUUUGGGUGAAUAUAUUUUGGGUUAUUCUUCUUUUCAUAAGCUCGAAGUGCAAAUGGUACUUGAAAUGCAAUGCUUAUUUUGUGGUUCACAAUUUUCCUGAAAGGUAUUAAGAUAGCUUCUUUUGUCAAAUUUUCCUUCCUUUUUGGUUAUGGUGGGAAUAAUAGCGGUUCAUCUUUCAGAGGAAAAAACACACCAGUGCACACUCGGAAAUAGCUGGAGUUAGGCAAACCUCACAUUGUAUAUACAUGCUUUACAAUUUGUGGAAAACCACAUGACUUCUGAAAAUGAUAGGAGAAAAUAUGAUGUAUUGGGACUAAUAUUUUAUUAACAUGCUUCUGGCGGUAUUGGAGUUAUACCAGGAUGGGUAGAUUGGGUUGACAGUUGUGCACAUUACAUUUGUGUUAUGAUUCUUAUAAAUAACAUCUUAUUUCGUGGAUGAAUUUAUUUCUACUCUUCGUUUAGGCAUUGAAGAUGAUGCAACUCUAAACUUUAACAUCUUGAUAGAUUGGAAGUAGAUAUCUGUUUUUUAUUCUCCACACUUUUGUCUAACUUCUUUUCGAGUGAUAGUUUAGUUAUUUUCUUACUACUUUCUUGCUGGUUACAUACAUAUGGUUUAUACAAAGUAAGAGUUUCUGGUGAUGGGAAUUAUCAGAUAUCUGCAAUAAUGAGAAUGCAAAGUAAUAGGUUUGUCAUUUUUUGAUUUAUAUUAAUUUCUUAUUGUUUCGCAGAUUAAUAAUUAUGAGACUGAUUAUAUUUAUUGUGUUACUGUGUAGUGUUGCAAGGUAUAAAUUCUAUUAUGAAUUCUUCAGCUGAUUUGGGGCAGAGGAGGGGGGAGGAAGUUCUGUUCAAAUUUGGUUUUUCCAAUGGCUUUGGAAGAAAUUAUAUCGCUAUUGUUAUUACAGGUGUCCAGUUUGCAGAAAUGACAAGUUUUGAACCCGCAGCAUCGCGCGGGCACCGUUGCUAGUAUAUACUAAAAGAGAAAAAAGCCUAAAACACUGUUCAUAGCACAGUGCACUGACGAUUUUGCCCUUGCUUUGGUUCUUUUAUUUCCUUUCUGCCAAAAUCGCAGUUGGUGCCCGUCUUUGGCGCCACUCCUGAUUUACACGUGUUGUUGGUAAUGUACACGUGUUCGUAAUCUUGAAAGAAGAAGGCGGAAAAGCCGACCUUUAUCCAUUUGCUUCCAGAAACAACGAGCUCUCUCGCGCAGCAACCACAAGCUCUAUUUUGGAGAAACUACGAAACAUCUCGACUUCUCUCUCAGAGCCCAGCUCGAGUCCUCAGAUAUGAAGAGGAUUUGUGAAGUUGCUGUGAUUUCAUGCUAAGUAUCUUUGAACGGAUUUGAGAAUUUGGGAUCGUAUGGGGUGUUUUGAAGGUUUUUAUUUUUAUUUUUUAUUUUGGGGAAAAAAAUGGUUAACAGGUCCUCUGUUAGGAUUUUCCUGGCAAAGAGUAUAGAGCAAGGGAAGGGAAAAAUGAGAGAGACAUGGAUUGGAGCAUUUUUUUUUUAAUACGGGUUGAGGCUUUUUUUUUAAUUGAUUUGGGGUUCUGUUUGGGUUUGGGGUUGUGAUAUUUCUGUGUUUAAUUUGGUAUUUCAUAGUUUGGAGUUGAGCGGUAAUUUUUUGGACCUUAUGAUCUCAUUUGUGAUUAUCAAGUGCAUAAUGGUUAAUUUUUUUUUAAAUGGUGCUCAGAAUUAUCACCAUUUUCCCCUUUAAUUUUCGGUGGAAGCACUGUUCUCUUCAUGCUAAUUGUUGAAUUGUUCGAACCAGUCUGUUGUAUAUAUAUAUUUUCCCCGUUCCUCUGUUUGUUGUCUGUGUAAGUACGAAUUCAUCAAUUUAUCAAUUGGGUUGUUCUUCGUUUGUAAUUUCAUUAAUUGGGUCUUUAGAUACAUUUUAUUGUUGAGGAGGUGAGAUGUUGCCUACAAUAGGCAUCAACUAUUACAAAAACCUUUUUAAUGAAGAAACAAGAGAAAUAGAGACAAUGAAGAUUGUAAUCAACAGCUGGGGGGCAUGAUCGUUUAUGAUACCUUAAAAAGAAUGAAAAACAAAACUUAGUGCUUGGAUACAAAGAAAAUUAGGAAGUCAGAUAGAUGUUAACAUAAGGAAAAUAAUUCCACCGCUUCCCUCCUCUAACUUGAUGACCAUCCUUUUGGAACAAUGUUUGAUGAGUUCUUAUUUCGAAUGUGUUUGCCUUACCAUUGUAAAUUGCUGGAGGUCCUUUUGUUCUUUAUCUUGCUCACAAGCAUAUUGAUAUGUAAAUGUAUGUAAUAAUUUGUGUACUGAUAGGAUAUAUGCAUUACACAUGUUAUGUUUGUUACUAUUUUAAAGCAUUAUUAGAUAGCAUGUUGCAUAUUCUUUUAAUACUUACUUUAUUAUUGCAAAUUUGUGAAUCUUAUACCAUAGCAAAUCUUAUGAAUUCUCUUUUUCCACUGUAUCCAAGGUUGGGCAGAUGGUGUGCUUCGAUGUAUCAUUUUGAUAGCUUUUGAUAGCUUUUGUGUAAUUUUUUUUCACUGCAAGUUUGUAAACAUUUACAUAUUGCCAACAUAGAUUUUGAUAUAUAAACACACUUUCUUUCUAACAAUAUAUAUACUUUGUCUGCAGACUUACAAAACAAUGAGCAUCGUACCAAUCUGUGAAUUAAAGCCUUUUAGAAACGAUAUGAAGAUCAAAGUUAGAAUAUGCCGGUUGUGGAGACCCAAAAUGUUUGGACGCCAAAACCAAUUCAAUGGCUUACAAUGUGUACUGGUUGAUGAACUGAAUGAUGCCAUUGAAGCCUCGGUCUUAGAAGCAGACUAUGAGAUAGUAGCUCCAAAAAUUAAAUUUGGUUGUAUAUAUGAGAUCACACGGUUGCAUAGCCGUUCCAGUAAACAAACGUACAAGGUCGUACCACACACUGUACAACUAUACUUCAAUGGGAAAACAACUUUCAAACAAAUACCAGAAAGACCUCCACACAUUCCUGAGCACCGCUUUUAUUUAGUGGAUUGCAGUGAAUUGUUAUCCCGUGUAGAUAAAGUUGAAAUUCUCACAGGAUAUUGGAUUGCCAAAUUGCAAGAUGUUAUGGGACAUAUCACAUCAGUGCAACCAUUGGAAGACAGAAUGGUUAACAAAGAAAGACUGGAAACAAAAUGUGACGUUCACCUUCAAAACACCAGAAACGAAGAAGUGAGAGUUACACUUUGGGGAGACUGCGCCAGGACCUUUGAUAUUGAAGUUGUAACACAACAACCAUCACCAAUUGUGGCUGUGUUCACAAGUCUCAAAGUAAAACGGUUCCUAGGAAACACAAUGCUUAGCAGUACCGGAUGCACUUUGUUUUUCAUAAACCCAAAAAUACCAGAAGCAGCAAAUUACAAAUCAAUUUCCAGUCAUGCUUUGAAAAUGAUUCCAACCUCAGCACAACUAAUGACACCAGAUCAAUUGGAUGCCGCUGAAAAACUAUCAGUAGGGCAAUUGAAUAUCUUGGAUCUAAAUCUUUAUCAGAACACUCCAUUUCUGUGCAGAGCAGCAGUUGCACGGUUUGAUUUGAGUAACGGCUGGUGGUACAAGGCAUGUCUAAUCUGCUUCAAACAACUAAAACCAAAGCCUCAAAGUGACAUGCUGGUUUGUCCAACUGAUGAUAUUCAAAACCCUAUUGCUUGGUUCAAAGUUAGUUUAAUUCUUGAAGAUGCCAAUGACGAAACCAAUGCCAUCAUUAUAGGUAAAUCAGCCGAAGAACUAUUUGGAAUCACAUGUGAAGAAUUAGUAAUCAACAAAAGUUUCUGUGACCAAAAUGAAUUACCACAACAAAUACUCCGAGUAAAAGGUCAAAUCAAACUUUUCCAACUCAAACUUGGGAAAGUUAAAAGUGACACAAGCAGAAAUGACUUGCUCAUCCAAACUGUUUUCAAGGAUCAAGCACAAAUUCACCCUUCAAACAACAACAAAGAUGAUGAAGCAAUAAGUAACCUUGGGAAGAAACAUAUGGUUCAUGAAAUGUUACCAUGCACACCACCACUCUCACUCAAGAAAUCUCUACCUUCAUCUCCAACUGAGAGCAGUUCAAGUUCAAAGAAACGACAAAGGGAGCCAGUCAAAAAGAGUCUUUUCACCUCUACACCAACAAAAAAAAUCUAAAAGUGAUACCACAAGUGGAUACAGUGAAGAGACCUAUGCAUUUGAAGAGACCGAUGACGAGAAUGUAGCAAACACAGAUAUAACUCCCAGUGAAUAGAUUCAUCGUUGUCAUGCAAGAUGGAGGAGGCACCAUUAACGUGAGGAGUUACGUAUAUGGGUGUCUUUAGUGAAACAAAUCUUACUUUUUGAGUUGUGUACAGUUUUAGAUGUAAAAGUCUCCCUGGGAUAGGACCAUAGCUUUUGAAAAACAAUCUCUGAGGAUGAUAUACUAACAUCCUCAACUUUUUGCAUGUAAUAUAUAAAUGUAAAUAGAACUCUCUGGCUAUGGCGUACGACCAUCCCAAUUUUUGUCGUGUAAUAUAAGAAUGUAAUAUAUGUAUAUCCCUUACUUUGGCACAUAUUUUCUCAUGUAUAUAAGCCCUACUUUGUACA